AUGUUGACAAGGGGAAGGGAUAUAAUUACUCAUUUUCAUUUUAAUUUCCCGAUUUUUUUUAAUAUAAGGUACAAAUGCAAUUUGAACCUUAAGAAGACGAAUAAUCAUUUUUUAAAAAACUUAUGUAACAAAAAUGUUAUAAAUAAUAUGGAUUGCUUAAAUUUAAUUGAAAACAUGAAAUAUGUAAAUGAGAAUAAUGUAAGUAAAGAUAUUAUUUUGCGUUAUAUAGAAAAAUUGAAAUGUGUGAAUAAUAUGUGGAAUGUAAAUAAGAUAUAUGUUAUUUUGAAGACAUUAAUAAAAUAUAAUAUAUAUGAUAUGAUAUUAUUAAACAAGAUAGAAAAUAAUAUUAUUAAUAUAAAUAUAGUAGAUGAUAUAAAAAAGGAUUAUUAUGAAAAUAUUUAUAUUAUAAGAAUAUCUUAUGUAUUAUAUGCAUUUUAUUAUUUUUUAAAUAAAAAUAUUAAUCUACAAGUUGUAGACAAAUUAAUUAAUAUUCUCCAUAGAAAGAUUGAUUAUAUUAUAUAUCAUAAAGAUUUUUUUAAUGAGUUUAUUUUAAAUCAUAUUAAAAAAUAUGAUGAACAAAAUAAAAAAAAUGUAACUUAUAAGAAGGAUACACCAUGUAAUGAUUUGUUGAAGGAUAGGGAUAUAAAGGUUGGUAUGAAUAAUGUGAAAAAAAAAAUAUCAAACAUGUCAAACAUAUCAAACAUGUCAAACAUGUCAAACAUAUCAAACAUAUCAAACAUGUCAAACAUGUCAAACAUGUCAAACAUAUCAAACAUGUCAAACAUGUCAAACAUAUCAAACAUGUCAAACAUAUCAAACAUGUCAAACAUAUCAAACAUGUCAAACAUGUCAAACAUGUCAAACAUAUCAAACAUGUCAAAUGUAUAUAAUAUAUCUAAUCAUAUGUCGAAUAAUAUUCAUGAUAAUAUAAAUCAACAACCUUUGACCCUCCAAUAUGAUACAAAUCAUUCUAGAGAUAUGUUUGUUAGAAAUAUAAAUUUCCAUGAGAUAUAUUUAAGCAUCAUUACUUUAAAGAAGUUGGGAUAUAAUAAAAAUGAAGAAUUUAUACACAAACUGAAGUUUUUAUUUUAUUUUAAUUGUAUUAAUUUGGAUAAUAAGAUAAACGACAAAGAUUUGAAGUAUAUCACUUUAUUGUUUAAUAUUUUUUAUGAGGACACCGAUUUAUAUUUGCUUAGUAUUGUUAAAUAUGUUCUAUUAGAAAAUGAAAAAAAGAAUAAUAUAUUUCCUGAGACAAAUGAAAAUAAAAAUGUGUGUAGUAUACAUGACCUGUCCUUAAUCAUGUUAACAUAUUAUAAUAAAAAAAAAGGAAAAAAAAAAGAACAUACCAUAUAUGAGGAGGAACACAAACAAAGCAAAAUAAAGCAAAAUGAUAUAAAGCAAAAUGAUAUAAAUCAACAUAAUAUAAAGCAAAAUGAUAUAAAUCAACAUAAUAUAAAGCAAAAUGAUAUAAAGCAAAAUGAUAUAAAGCAAAAUGAUAUAAAGCAAAAUGAUAUAAAUCAACAUAAUAUAAAGCAAAAUGAUAUAAAGCAAAAUGAUAUAAAGCAAAAUGAUAUAAAUCAAUAUAAUAUAAAGCAAAAUGAUAUAAAGCAAAAUAAUAUAAAGCAAAAUAAUAUAAAUCAAAAUGAUAUAAAACAAAGUGAUUAUGCUAAGGAGGAACCUAGUAUAACAUAUAAUAAUUUUGAGGACACAAAUUAUCAAGUUAAGGAUAAUAUAAUAAGCAUUAUUGAUCAUAUUAACUAUUUAAGUGAUUAUAAAAAGAUGAAUUUAAAGUAUAUGCUUUCAUAUAUUAAAAGCAGAUAUGAUACAAAUUAUGAUUUAAAGGAUAUUAUAUAUAAUAAUGUUUUACAUUUGUUAUAUAAAAAAUAUGAACACAAUGUAAAUAUGAAUGAAAACAAACGGAUAGAUAAAGAAGAAAAAGAAAAAAAAAAAAAAAAAUUUAAUAAUAAUAAUAAUAAUAUAUAUUAUGAAAAUAUAACUGAAGAUUUACAAAGUUUAAGUGAAUUAAUAAAAAUAUACAAUACAUAUUUAAAAUAUGAUAUAGACAUAUUAUAUUAUAUAUAUAUUAAAAAAUAUAUAGAAUAUUGCAAUAUUGAAACAAUAAUGAAUAUAUUUCAAGCCUAUAUUUUUGUAUACAACAUUAAUAAUGAGGAUAGCAAAAAUUAUAAUUACAUAAUCUCAUCGAAUGAGAAGCAACAGAUGAAAGAUAAAAAAGAAGAAGACAACAAGGAGAAUAACAACGAAAAUAAAAAUAAAAAUAAAAAUAAAAAAAACAACAACAACAACAACAAUAAUAAUAAUAAUAAUGAUAAUAAUGAUAAUAGUUAUAAUAAGUAUCAUUGUGAUGUUCGUAUGAAUAUACGUAACAAUUUAACAAAUUUAAAUAAUGUUGUUAUACAAAUAAUUAGCUCCAAAUCCUUAUAUAGAUUAUACCAUAUGUCAAAUAUUAACCAGAUAAGUCAUAUUUUAUAUUAUUUAUAUCAAAUAUAUAAUAUUAUAGAAAAUAAUAUAUAUGAAGAAUUAUAUAUUAACAAAUUAUAUAAUCAUAUAAAAAAUAUCGCAUUAAUUAGAUUAAAAAAUUUUUUAAAUAAUCAGGAAAAUAAAAGGAACAUAGAUACCUUCAAUGUUGAACAUAAUGAGGAGGGAAGCACAUUGAAGAACAUAGAAUGUGAUAAUUUUGUAUCAGAAAAAUAUAUGGAAACAUUAAAAAAUGAUGACAAAUAUAAUAAUUAUAUAGGAUAUAAUAAUAAUAAUAAUAAUAAUAAUAAUACAUCACGUAAUAAUAUAAUAUACAAUCAGGAUGAUAAAUAUUAUAACAAUGAUAAAAUGAAUAAUAUAUUAUCAUAUGAACAUAUGAUAAUUAAAAGAAAUGAGAAGCUUGAAAAAAAGAAUAUUGAAGAAAAAAAAGAAUUUAAUGAAUAUAAAAAUAUGUAUACAUUCAAAUAUACAAAUGACAUCAUAAAUUCUAUUAUAUUAUUAUUUAAUAUAUUUAGUAAAAGAAGUGAUACUAAAAAUAUAUCAAGUAUGAUUUUAAAAAUAUUGAAAAAUUCACAAUUUCAUGAAAGCAAUUAUUCAUGUAGUACAUACAUAAACAUACUGAACUCAUUUGCAAAAUUAAGAUAUAGAAAUGUUAAUAUGAUACAUAUGUUAUUAUUAAAAAUAAAUGAAAAUAUUGAUACUUUACAUUUUUUGGAAUAUACAAAUCUUAUAAUAUCCUUGUCAAAGUUAAAUAUAGUUGAUACUGAUUUUAACAAAUAUGAUAACAAUAUAUUUUUUAAUGGAAACCAUAAAAUUAGAAAUAAUAAUAAUAAUAAUAAUAAUAAUGAUAAGGAUGGAAUAAAUCAUAUAUUUUUAAACAAAUAUAAUGAUAAUGAAGUAGAUGGAAUAAAUUAUAUACAAGUUACUAAUAAUUUAUAUGAUAUUCUUAAAAAAAUAGAUGAAAAAAUCUAUUCUGUUUCUUUUGUUCCAUGUUAUAAAAUGAUUCUUAUUAUAUCAAACCUUUUACAUAGUUAUAUCGUGUUAGGGUUUGAUAAAAUUCAUUUUAAAAGUAUAAAUAGAAUGAUUGAAUGUGUUCAUGAUUAUAUAUUUCUAUAUUUUAAUAAGAAGGCGUUACACAAACAUGAUGCCUCUAAUGAAAUGUGUUUUGUGAAAAACGAAGAUUCUACACGCACAAAAGUACAUAUGAAUGAUGAACAAAAUGAUUUAUAUAAAAUAAGUAAUAAUACAAAAUAUUUUUUUAACAAAAACCACUUCUGGUAUUUCAGUGGUAAAAACGAUAUCAUUAUAACAAAAAGGCAGGGGGACGAGGUACAAAAUAAAGAAAUUGAACAGAAGGAGGGAAGUAAAUUUGAAGAAAUAAAUAAAGAAAAAAAAUUAUAUUUACCUGUACAGUCAUUAUACCAAAUAUAUUUAUUUUAUAUAUAUUUUAAUAUGUAUGUAAAAUAUUUAUUUACAUGUUACAUUAAUUGUUGUAAUGAGGAAAAGGGUGUAUCUAAAGAAGAUAAAGAGAUGAUAGGAAUCAAGAAUAGAUAUAAUACAAUCAAUAAGUUUGAUCAUAAUGUAUCAUAUAAUUAUUCUUCGUUUAAUACAUUGUAUAGUCCAUAUAUGUUUUUAAAAAAUAAAAAGACAAACAAUGAGGAGGUAUUUGAUGGUUCAUUACAUAAAAUUUUGAGUGAAAGUAGUAUAUAUGUAUUAAAUAAUUUAUUUAAUUUUGUUAAAUAUAUAAAUAAUUUCUUACAUAAAGCUAGUUAUGAAAAAUAUAAUUUUUUUUUACCAUUUUUAAAUGAUUAUAUAAAAAAUCAAAAAAAAAAUGAGGACUUGAUUGAACAAGUUAAAGCAUGUCGUGUUCAUUAUAAUGAAUAUAAUAAAAAAAUAGCAUCGUCAAGUUUUCACAGGGACGUUUUUAUAACAUUACGUGCUUUGGAUGUUAAAAAUAUGGAGUGUGAGGUACCCUUUCUUGAUGGUAUAUACACUAUAGAUAUUGUUAUAGGCAACAAGAUAUGUAUCGAAAUUAAUGGACAUAAUCACUACUAUUAUGACAAGGACAUGAAAAGAUGUUAUGACAAAAUUGAAGCACAAAAUUUAAUAAAAUAUUAUUUGUUGAGUAAAAAAUAUAAACUCAUAUUAGUAAAUUAUUUUGAAUGGGUUAAUCUUUCUACGGUUGAAGAGAAAAAAGAAUUCUUGAUGAAAAAAAUAAAAUCGACAAAUAUGUUUUAG